AUAUAUAUAUUUUUUUUUUUUAUGUUGGAAGUUUAAAUAUUUGUCUUUAAAAAUCGAGAAAAUAAGAAUGCUUAGCGCUAGGUACCAAUGUUAUUAGUGUCCAAGCAUUGAUACUUUUAUCCCACACGUUCGAUUCGCCUAUUUUCGUUCCGUGGCGUUGCAUUAUUGCAGGACUCAGAAAUUGCCGCACGCAUGACUGCCGGCUCGGUUGCGCACAAUAAUCCUGCCAGUUAACUGGCCGUACAAUGCGCGUAGUUUAAUUAUCUCUGAUGAUCUCAAUGCGACGGACAAUGGCGAUCCGUUCCUUUAUGAUACGCGGCCGCGGAGAAACCGGCGCGUCCAGAAGUUUGAUGUUUCGCUGUUGCAAAUUAAUCGGAUUUCCGAUUCGCCAGAUAUCGUCGUCAAUCGACGCGAUUAGCGAUUCAUCGAAGACGAACGAAAACUCCUCGUCGAGUGCUCGACCGAGGCUAGUGGAAGAGUGAUUCUUUCCGAGGGAAUUAGCUUCUGGGAAUCACUGAAGCGUUCAUAAAACGCUCAAAUCGUCUGCGUUCAGCAGAAGUAAACGCUUAGUGAGCGCUUAGUGAUUACUAUCUGUAAAUGAAGUAUACUUUUAGAUUCUUGCACACGGAAGAAUAUCUUUUUAUUUUCUCGAAGAAAAACGAAGAUUACUCAGUUCACUUUCCUUCUUUUAGGCGAUCACAUUCGGUAAUAACGUUGUAGUUUGCAGGAAAAAACUGAUCGUUUGUUCACAUCAUUAGAUCUGUUCGAUGAACUUUGCACCAGUGCAAUAAAUUAGAGAGGGACUAGUAUACUUUUCUUUAAUUUGCAAUAGUUUGCACUUUAUAAAUCUAACAGUUGAUCAUUUUGUCCUUUACAAUCAUGUCGCCAUCGUCAACGCGAAAUUCUCGGCUGACCGAUCAGGAGCCUUGAGCGUUUACCAAGUGUUCACUUUUGCCGAACACAAAGAUGGACGUUGUCUCUGAUACAAGAGUCAUUUCGUCGCGAGGGUGGCGCGAACGUGGCGAAAGAAGUUGUUGGAGAGAGCCAGUCUCCCGAUUUCUCUCCUCCGUCUUUGACCGAUCUCUCCCGAUCGCCGAGCGUAUCGGCCGCUCUCACCGACCCCCGAAUCCAUCCGGAUAAUAACGACGGCCCUAAUGAGCGCGACGUAUGACUCGCGCGGACUAUAAAUACACGGAUUAUCCGAGCGGGGCCGUUAUUACCGGCUCUUUUCUCCAAAUUGCCUGGGUCGUCGCGGUACAGCGCACAUUCAGACAAGGCAUACCCACGCUUCGCGUCGCCUCUCUCGCAGACGAGCGAGCGGGCGGGCGAGGGCGCGCGUGUGCGUGGCCUCACGCACACGCGACACACCUGUCCCAGCUCGCACGUACGCUCUCACGUACACGGGAUACACCUGCCACCACAGAGAAACGCGCAAUUCCACGCUAACUCGGGCGCACCCUCGGCUCUCCGGGAAGGCCCCUACGUCGCGAGGCGGGCGACCCUCUUCUUCUCUUCUUCUGCUUCUUCCUUUUCGAGGCGACCCACCUUUCCCGCUCAGUACCGGGGAACACCUUGUCGAGCGCGCCGCGCCGAGUAAUCGAAUUUCGAGGCGCGUCGCAUCGUUCGUUCGUUCGUUCGGAAACGUCAAAUCGCACGGUCGAUCGUGGCAGAAACGUCGGGAGAUUUCGGCUGCGAGAUCGAGGCUGCGCGGGGGUCGGUCACGUAGUUGCCAAGUGGAAAAAGGAGGAAUGCAACGUCGUCGUGUGAAUUCGCGCGAGUUGCGAUCGUGCGUGUUUCCUUCUUCUACGAGCCGAGCUUCCUUCCGGCGGAGCUCGAUGGGAUGAGACGCGCGCGCGAGCAAUGGAAAAAGAUCGUUGACGAUUGUGUGACCGACUUCACGUCGCGCGAUCGAGUUUACCAUUAGGAUGCGAUGGUCUGUGAGACAUGGAACGUAGACAGAUAUAUGUAUACACACACACACACACACACACACUUUUCGGACACAAAAUUCUCCCGGCUAUUUCGGCCGACACGAUGCUCGACAAUCGCGCAAUUGUUUAAAUCAAUGUAAACAUCCGACGUCAAUGAGUGUUCAAUCAGGAAAUGCACAUCACAACGAGGAUACCCGGCGUGAAUGACGUGAAUGACGCGAUCGUCAACAAUACGUGCAUUAUCCAGCGCAACAAUAGUUGCGAAUCGCCGCUUAAUGAAUUCGCGCGCGGUUGCGUAAUGGCGAAAGAAAGAGCGCGCCGGUGAAUUUGUCGGGAUAAAUCGACAGCACGACGAGAUUCAACGCAAACGACCAUCAAUGUGAGAUUCGAGCGAGAGUAUGGCCCGAUCGACUGUAUAUAAACGAUGAAAAUAAACAAGAAGAAAAGAUGAACCGUAAGCAAAGUGGAAAGUCGGGGAAUUGACGAUUCUUCUGCAACAAACGCCAAGAUGAAGUUGUUCGAUUGCACUCAGUGCUUAAUGACGUUGCAUCGGCGACGCAAGUCGCAGCGACGACGCAGCUACGAGACGACGGACCCGCUGGUGAUGACGAAACGGCCGUCCAGCCGUCGCCAACGUCCUCGCCGCGGCGAGUCCGCCUCUUCGCGGAGAGCUGCUGGCUCUUCGCGCUCCAAGACCCGGCUUCUCAGCGUGGUGCGUCGAUUCAGCGCGUCGUGGAGGCGAGGACGGGUGAUCGCGAGGAUGACGGUCGCGAGGAGCAAACUGGAGGCACGCCCGAGGCCGAAGAAGAAGUUGCUCGCGAAGACCGACAGACCGAGGCGCGUGGGAAUAUCCAGGACAUUUAAUAGAGCCUACUUAAGGAAGGAAAUCGUGAGCGUGGAAACGCCGGGAGGCAACGACACCGGGCAGGAAGACGACGCUGGCGGAAGAAGGGCCGGGCAGCUUGAGCGUGAAUACUACGAGCACCUGGAAGCACUCAAGUUCCUCAUCGACCCGCCGCCGUGUUUCCGCAACACGGAGACCAGGCAGAACUUCGAGAACAAGUUGAACAGCCUGGACUUGAGGCGUAUGAACACCGUGGCGAUCCCGGAGGGACCCGUGGCGAAUGGACGGCACCGGGACGCGAAGCGUCUCAACGGGUUCCGCUGGAGCCCGAUCCGUGAAAAUGGCGGCUUAUGCGGCGAUCGUGAGAGGUCGUGCGCGAAGACCCUGGACCGUAUCGUGGAGGAACGUCUGAGGAUCGAGCGGACCAUGCUCGAUCUGUUCGUCAAGGCGCCGAUCUUGAAGAGCAACCACGGCGAACAGAUGCCGUACGCGCGGGAGAAUAAAACCGUUCGUUUCAAGGACGAGGUGGAGCGAACAUCUGUCGGGCAACGGGCAGGAUCGGAGGGCGGUGAACGUUACGAUAAGGCGGAAUCGAGUAAUCGCACAAAGACAGAGAUCACGAGGAAGAAGGACACUUGUCGGGACGGGCUGCUGGGCGAGAGUUCGGAAAUGUUCGAUGUCGAAACAAGGAACGGUAUGUAGCGAGAUUCGAUUGGGCGAGCUGUUCAUUUAACAGAAGAUGGACAGAGAGAGAGAGAGAGAGAGAGAGAGAGAGAAAGGUAGAUAAACCGAAAUAAUCCCGGGUUUGGGAUUUUAAUUAAAAUAUAUAUUUAAAUUUGGGACUCAA